AUGUAUCGGCUUCUUCGGGGCAUCCAGAAACAAUCCGAACGAGCCUCCCCGGCAAUUUCCAUGCAGGUUGAAUUUCGAAGACGUUUCGUCUGGCGUGGGCUCGCGUCCCAUCGGUUUGGGCCUGUUCGGGCAGUGGCAAGAUAUCUUAAAAAAGGUUUAAAAGCGCUCAAUGCUGUAUACGCAAGUCAAGAAGAACCUCACGCCUUGGCCAAACGAGGCAGUACUUGGCAUGUCUGUGCAAGCUUCCAUCAGAAGCGGCGCUGCCUUCAUGGAGACAACGCCUGCUGCCAUGUGGUCUGUAGCCAUCCGAUGCGUCAUUCGUGGUGGAUAGCGCUCAAAGACAAGUGCGACGCACUGCACCACAAGCCGAAACGGGCCAAAACCCCACCCCCAGUAAACCCACCGCAGACCAUCGUAGUGACGGCGCCUCCUCCUCCUACAGCCUACUUGGUGCAGCCUCAACCCGCAGUCGUGUACGCCCAGCCGGCCCAAGUGCCUGCUCAAGCGCACUGA